AUGGAGGUGGAGGUCGGAGCAGAGCUCUGCUUCCCACAGCUCCUCAACAGUUCGUGCAGGAAGCCCACGACCUCCUUGCCCGAAGCGCUGCUUCUCCACGUAGUGCUGUCCUCCAUUUCUCUGCUCACCGUGGCUCUGAACCUGUUGGUCAUCAUCUCUGUCUCCCACUUCAGGCAGCUCCACACUCCCACCAACAUCCUCCUCCUCUCCCUGGCUGUGUCGGACUUCUUGGUGGGCCUGCUGCUGAUGCCAGUUGAGAUCCUUCUGAAUACGUCAUGCUGGUUUUUUGGAGACUUCAUAUGUUCUCUUUACAGCUAUGUUUCCUUCAUCAUCACGUCUGCGUCUAUAGGAGACAUGGUUCUCAUAUCUGUGGACCGUUAUGUAGCCAUCUGUGACCCUCUGCGGUACUCAAGCAGAAUCACUGAGAGGAGAGUGAAGCUCUGCGUCUGUCUGUGCUGGCUCUCCUCAGUUUUUUACAACAGUCUCUUCCUUAAAGACGACCUUCAUCAACCAGGACGCUUUAAUUCCUGUGUCGGAGAGUGUGUUAUCUUUUUAGACUUCAUUGAAGGCACGGUUGAUCUGGUUUUGUCCUUUAUUGCUCCCAUUACUGCCAUCAUUGUUCUCUACAUGAGAGUGUUCAUUGUGGCCGUGUCUCAGGCUCGCGCCAUGCGUUCUCACAUUACAGCCGUCUCUCUCCAGCUCUCCCUCAAUCUCCCGGUGAAGAAAUCGGAGCUGAAAGCAGCCCGGACCCUGGGUGUUCUGGUUGUUGUGUUUCUCAUCUGUUUCUGUCCGUAUUACAGCUUGUCUCUUGUGAGCGUGGUCAGUGAUUCAUUUGUAUCCUUCGUGGUGUUUCUCUUCUAUUUUAACUCAUGUCUGAACCCGCUGAUUUAUGCCAUGUUCUACCCCUGGUUUAGGAAAGCAGUUAAACUCAUUGUGACUCUGCAGAUCCUGCAGCCGGGCUCCCGUGAGGCCAGCGUGCUGUAG